CAAAUGGCGAUAGCGUCAGGAGCAUUGUCAAAAUUUUCUGAUGCAUAUUUUGCUUGAUUGCGAAAGUUAACUGAAAAUGUAGUUUAAUUUUUAUUGCAAAUUAAUCUCCAUGGUUGAAAUACUACUAUAGUAGAAGGUGCACACAAAUGGAUAUUCAAGAAAAGCCCAUUACUGAAAAUGGUGGGAAAGGAGACAAUCAUGAAACAAAGACUUUAAAUAAAGAAGACAAUGUAGCUGAACAUUUGGAGAAGAAUCCUCUGCAUAUAAAUGUAACCAAUCAUCAACCAGUUGUACGCCAAGAUUCACUGCCAAUAUCUCCUGGACCAUUAUCACCUGACCCUGUACAUGAUUUACCUGUAGAAUUACUACAAGCUGGAUGGAGGAGAUUUUGGAGUAAAAGGGAACAGCAACCUUAUUUCUUUAAUAAAUUAACAAAUGAAUCAUUAUGGGAAAUGCCACAGUUGAAAUCUGGAUCACCUAAUUUACUGACGGAUCCCUUAGGGAUUGGAGGAGAUCAUCCUGCACCUGUCCCCAACAGUUCAGAUACACGUUUAUGUCGACCCAGCACAGACAUUCCUCCUCCACUCAUUGGAGAAAAAAGACGGUUAAGUGGGGAUGUUGGUGACAGUCCACCAAAAAAACCAUUCACCUACAGUCCAUUUUGGAACUUUGAAAUUCCUACAAAUGCAGUAAUAUAUGAAAGGAGCCCAUGCAUUCUGCCUCCACCACAUCCAGAAAUGGAAUCUCUACGAGCCCAGUUAACAGCCAAACUGAGGCAACAUUACCAAGAAUUGUGCCAUUCAAGAGAAGGUAUUGAUGCACCACAUGAGUCGUUCAAUAGAUGGUUGUUAGAGAGAAAAGUAAUAGAUAAAGGAACAGAUCCCAUGCUGCCGUCUAACUGUAUGCCUGAGGUGUCACAAUCCAUGUACAGGGAAAUAAUGAAUGAUAUUCCAGUCAAACUGGUCAAACCAAAGUUCUCUGGUGAUGUUAGAAGACAGUUGUUCAAAUAUGCUGAAGCUGCUAAGAAAAUGAUUGAAACUAGGAGUGCAACACCAGACAGUAGAAAGAUUGUAAAGUGGAAUGUGGAAGAAACAUUUUCCUGGUUAAGACGACCAGGGGGUGCUGCUUAUGAUGAUUAUUUGGAAAGAUUAGCUCAUCUGAAAAGACAAUGUCAGCCACAUUUAACAGAGACAGCAAAAAGUUCUGUGGAAGGAAUCUGUACUAAAGUUUAUAAUAUGUGUUUGGAAACAGUAAAAAAACUUCAUGAAAGACAUUGGCAAAUAAUGAAUGAAAACCAUAUCCAUGAAAUUCCCAAAGCACCAGUUCCACCAAAAAGAAAAGUAUUAUGUUAUCCUGUUCAGAUGAUGGUACCUGUGCCCAGAUUACCGAUUGUUGAAAUGACACAUGAAAAUGAAGUCCAUACUUUGAAGUUUAAAGGGGAAAGUCUGCGGAUUAACAGUCCACAUUUCUUUAAACUUGAGCAGUUGUAUAAAAUACAUGCCCGAGAUGACCCACGAUUUGACCAUUACUUAGCAAGAGUAUGGUGUUUACUGAGGAGAUAUCAUACAUUAUUUGGUAUCCAAGCUUCAGAAGGUUUUGGAUUACAGGGAGCUUUGUCUAUACAGAUAUUAGAAUGUUUACAUCGCAUCUUUGGAGUGACUUUUGAAUGUUUUGCUUCACCUUUGAACUGUUUUUUUAAACAAUAUUGUUCUGCAUUCACAGACACUGAUGGUUAUUUUGGAUCUAGAGGACCAGUAUUAGAUUUUCAUCCUUUGAGUGGAUCGUUUGAAGCCAAUCCUCCAUUCUGUGAAGAAUUAAUGGAGUCAAUGGUUGACCACUUUGAGAACUUAUUAUCAGAAUCAAAUGAGCCAUUAUCAUUCAUUGUAUUUAUACCAGAAUGGAGAGAUCCUCCUAUAGAAGCUCUGAUGAGACUGGAAUCUAGCAGGUUUAAAAGAAAACAGGUCACAUUACCUGCAUAUGACCAUGAAUACAGACAAGGAUUUCAACAUUUCUGUCCCAAAGAGGAAGUGAAUAUGAAAUCAGCUCAUGGAACAUUAGUUAUAUUUUUACAAAAUUCUGCUGGUUUUGCACGAUGGGGGCCAACGCCAGAGAGAUUGAAAGAACUGUUAUUAGCAUCAAAACCUAAAGACACAGUAUGACAAAUGGUGGCGUACUAUUAUAAAUGGCAGCUAAAUGUGGAGAUGUAUAUUUAUUUAUUGAGUCGGUGCUUGUUAUGGAGAACAAAUACUUAAUGGAAUGACUUAUUUGUUGUGUUAAAAUGUUUACUUGUUGUUAAAGUACUAAUGUACAGCAAUUAUUUUGACUUCAUUUCAAAUAUGAAGAUAUAACAAAACCAUAUUCAGAUUUUGUGUAAUAGUUUAUAUAGGAAGGAUAUUCAUUGUCUUGUAUGCUGACUUUAGAACAGAUGGACUCGUCCGAGGUGCAGACUUAAUAACAGAUGGACUCGUCUGAGGUGUAGACUUAAUAUUUACUGACAAUUCCUUUUGUUCUGUAUUAUUAUAUCACACUCGAGGAAAUCGGUCUAGACUAUUUUUUCAUUUAUAGUAUAAAAAAAAUCCAUUCAUUUAAUCAGAUGAAUUCCUACAAACGAAUGUUAUAAGUUUUAAAACCGCAUCUUGUAUUUUUGCCAAUAUGAAAUUAUAAAUGUUGUUAUAAUCAGAUUUGUUUUUUUCCGUAUUCAGUCUUCAUGAAGUGUCCAAUGUAAUAUAGAAAUUUUUCAGUUUUGUUACGUUUCAAAAUAGCACUUUCAAAUGUACUUUCCCAAUAUAGAAAUAAAGACUUUAAAAAACUUUCAAAAGCAAAAAAUGCAAGGUUUAAUCAUUCGUAAAACUUCUUGAGCACUUAUUUGAAAAUUUUCACAUCAUACAUUUGCAUAGCUACCAUAAUAUCCAAUUAAAGGGAAAUUGUACUUUAUGAAUUAUCAAUGCUAAUUCUCUUGAAAACGAUUUCCUUAUUAUGUUUUGAUUACCCUCAAAGAUUUUUUUUUGUUUACUCAACUUAUGUUUGACUUUACCAAAUUAAUAAAAUGCAACAGUAUGAAACAAAGUAAAAUAAUACUAGGUUAUUUUUGUUGCCGAAAAAUGAUAACACGAGAUGAGGUUAAAAUGAUGCCAUUUUGUUGUUUUUGUGUACUUAAUAAACAUGGUCCUAGAAUUUCAGUUGUAAAAAAUAAUAUUUCACAUUAGAUUUUGAAGGUGGAUGUGAAAUCAGGAAUAUAUAUUUAAUGUAUUAUCAACAUUAAACACUCAAAUGAUGUAUAAAUCUUUGACCUUUUUAGUCAAGAAAAUGAGGUUACAUUGAAAUCAGAGUUAUUGAUUGUUUUGAGAUAUGUUUUGAUGUUAUGGUUGUGUUUGUUUAUUAGAUAUAUAAUAUGUCAAGUAAGAAGAUUUUUAAUUUGAUCUGAUGUUAAAUACACUGCUGGUUGAAUGCCUUAGGUUAUUUCAAAGAAGCAAACAUGAAAUCUAAAUUAGGUUUUUUAAAACAAUUUAAGUGACUCUUAAUAUUCAGCUGAUUAUUAAUUUCUUUUUGUCUUUUAUGGUAGUAAGAGUUACUCCACUUUUCGUGAGAUGUUAUACAUAGUUUUUUGGUUCCUUAAUCCCUUGUUAAUGUUCACUUGGACUUAUGAUUUAUUAUAGGUUUACACUAUUAUAUUUAAUAAGUUUUCUCAGAAAUUAUUCUAUAUCCUGAAAAUAACAAUUGUACAAAAUUGUAAUACAUGGGAAUAUGUUUAAAAGGAACACAUUGAGGACUGAUAAUUUUGUUCAAAUAAGACAGGUGUUUGGUAUACAUAGGUUAUCUUACUAAAGAAUAUUACUUUCUUACCAAGAGUGCAUUCUACUUAGAAUUAUGAUUUAGACAGGUUUCAUCAACAUCUUCCUUGCACUAAAUUUUAAAUUCAAUUUAUGGGAGAGAACUUUUGAAAUAACAAAAAUUCAGAAUACCUCAUUGUUUCUUGAUGUAUUUACACUUAGUGUUUUAGUAAUUACUUCAUGCUUUAAUGUAAUUACUUUAUUACAUCAUGUUAAUUGUUAUUAAUUUCAUGUAGGAACAUUUCAUGAUGUCAAAAUUUGUCAGGAAAGGGGAAGUUGAUGAUAUAAAAGAUUACUACUAGAAUGGUUAAUGGUAAAAACUACUUAAUUAAAACAUCAUAUAAUUAUAGGAAAAGGGUCAUAAAGAACCUAUUGUGUCAAGAGUUUGAAGAUUUUAUGAAUAUCUUAAAAAGUAAAUAGAACAAAAGGAUAUAGGAAAGGAUUGAUAGAGUAAACCAAAAAUACUUUUUUUUUAUGAUAUUCCAUCAUUUCAUGAGCAAAGAAAAAUAUAUGAUGGUUUUUCAUACUGUAAUAUCUAGAAUGAAUACAUGAAACAUUUGGAUACAAAUAAGACCUAUCAUUCUGUUGUUUUCAACAAAUAUGAAAUUUUACUUUGUUGUGUGAACAUGAACUAUUCACUUCAACAUCUACUUAUCAUUUGACAGAAAACCAGAAAUAUCAGGGAGAUUUAUCAAUAAAACAUUAUUUUAUCUAGCUGAACACUUUAAUAAAACCAUGACAUGUAAAUAUUCAGUGUACUGCUUAAUUAACUGUUGUAAUGUUUUUCUAGAUUGGGCAUUUUGUUUCCUGACUUUAGAUCUGCAUCAUUGGUUAGGUCAAAUAAAGCCCAUUGUUAGGAGAAAUCUCUUAAAACUUGAAAGCUGUUAGUUUCAUUCGCUGAAGAUUAAAAUGUCUUUUUGGGAAAUGUUGUUGCUUACGUUUAAAUUCCUUAAAAGAGUUGCAUUUUUUUUGUUGAAAUAUAUUACAUUAUUUGUGAGCCCUUAUAAGGUGUAAUGCUAUUGAUAAUACAAUUGAAUUUCAUUAUGGGAGAUUUUUGGGUAUACCUCAAUGAAACAACCCAACAACCUGAGAUAGGCAUGUUUACUGACCAACCUGAAAAAGGCAUGUUUACUGACCAAUGUAAUGGAUUUAUAAUGCAUUACUUGAAGGAUUUUCAUGGUAACUCAAUGACGUUUGAAAUUUAAUGAAAACUUAGAAUGGGCAAUGUACAGUCUUCAACAGCAGAUCGUUUGAAAUAUUUAGUUCUUGUUCCAUUAUUCUUUCAGUAUAUCCUGAUUCAAUAUAUUUGUACUAUAAAUAGCAUUGGAGAAGUUGUUAGGAACAAACAGUGAUCAUGAUCUCUGAUUUGUUUUUAUUUGACCUCAGAUUUUAGAGUAUUAAUCUCACUGUUUCUUGAUCUCAGUUUGUUGAUUUUAAGUGAAAUAGUAUAUGAUAUGUUAAGAAUUUUAUAGAGGGAUUUUUUUAUGAAUGUAGAUUUGAUUAUUUUAGAUUUUUUAAUCCAUUGUAAAUAUUGUCCAUACACAUAGGAAUGAUAAUGUUGAAUAUUUAAAUUGUACAUAGAUAAUAUAUGAUAUGUAAAUGAAAUUUUAAUUGUAUAUAGAUCAAAAAAGAUACAUGUUUUAAAUAGUGCAAUUGUGUUUUAACAAUCAUUGAAAUGUUACAAAAAUCCAUAAUUAUAAUCGUCUGUUCAUAUUAUUAGUUUCUUCCAAAUAUUUUAAUUAUUUUGGAUUGAUUAUCAUAAAUAAUAAUUCUAAAAUGGCAAUUUUACCAUAUUUUACUCAUAUGAAAUUAUCAUGAUGCUGAAUAAAUGGAGAAUAGAUUUUUUCUGUCCAUUGAAAAAACUUCUUUUAAAUAUUAUACUUUUGUGUUGAUUUUCAACUUUGAUAUUUCAUCAAUAUCAAUUCUGCCUAUGAUCUGGCACCAAUAUUGUUCUGGAGUUAUUUCCCUUGAAAAUGAAAAAUUAUUUAAUGGUUUAUGAAUUAUAUGCUUCUUUGGAUUUAUUUAUUCUCUUGGAUACAUAUUUCAUGGAUUUGUGAAAAAUUGUAUUUUCGUGGAUAUUUGAUUUCAUUGUUAUGUCAAUAUUCAGACCAGCCUAUAGAAAAUCUGUACUUCAUUGAACAUUUAAAUUUGUGGUUGAAAUAUACCCAUGUUAUCCAUGAAAGUUAAUGUAUACUAUGAAUAAUUUGAUCACCAAUUGUAUUUUAUUUUAGUGAAUUGCUUGAUAUAGUAAUUUACAAAUUUUAUCAAAACAAGAUGUUAGAAAAACUGAAAGGACCUAAGUAUGAACUAUAAAUUGCAAUGGCUUUUCUAUGUUAACAAAACACAUGCUCAUGUAGGAUAACCAACAUUUUAUCAAUCCCUGAUUGUAUGCAAGAUAUCAACUUUAUUAAAGAAAUGUUUAUAAAAGGGAAUAGUUUUUGAUUUUUGGAAAUUGUCUCCCUUUGUUGGUAAUAUUAAAGGAAAUUGUCUCCCUUUGUUGGUAUAUUAAAGGAAAUUACCCACUAUUUUUCAAGGAAUUCAACUCAAUUUCUUGUAGCAAGAUCUGCAUUUAAUAUUAAAGUAAAUUAUUGUCAGGGAUAUAAUUUUCUUCAUUUGACCAAGGUGAAAGAGAAUUAUUGCAAUAUAAUGGUGACAAAUUCAUGAAACAAACAUUCUCAUUUCAAGUCAUGUAUUAACUACUAUGUUAUUUUUCUCUGUUACACUCUGAUUUUAAUAUUUCAUUUGAAGGUUUGUGUAAGAGGACUACAAAUGAAAGUUCUGUUUAUUAGUAACAAUAUAUGGUUUAUCUUGAUUAAUUUAAAAUAUGCAAAUUUUGCAGGAAAAGUACCACCUUCUUAAAUGCUGUAACUUUGGUAAAAAUUUAAAUGGAAUAAAUCUGUAGUUUUCCAUUUGGAAUAUUGAUGGGAAACUUAAACAGCAAACAAUGGUGUCUGAUCAGCUUGCAUUCAAUCCACAUCUUUUGAAUAUCUAUUCACAUUUGUAAAUCAUCAUUUUUAGUUGACUUUAAGAACAUAGUGCUGAUAUUUUGUUUUUACUUGUGUAAUGAGUAAUUACAGAUAUUAUUUUAGUUUUGUUCUUGUUGACCUUCUUUUAUUUUUAAGUUCAUAAGACCCUUGAACUUGUACCAGUUCAUGGAGAUGACUGGUUACUGCCACUUUUUUUUUAUCCUAGAUAAAAUCAACAGAUGUUUUGGGAAGCAAUCUGGAAGUUUUAGAUCAUAAGGUUCUAAAAUGUGACUGUGAAAGAGGGUUAAGUGCAUGUUUGGUUUAACACCAAUUUAUAAUCAUCGUCAUCAUUAUCAAAAUGGAUUAUGUAAAAUUACUCAAAGAAAGAAUGUUGGUUGUAGGAAGAUUCAUUUUAAUGUAAUAGCCUGUACACAUUGAUGUAAUAGCCUGUUCACAUUGAUGUAAUAGCCUGUACACAUUGAUGUAAUAGCCUGUACACAUUGAUGUAAUAGCCUGUACACAUUGAUGUAAUAGCCUGUACACAUUGAUGUAAUAGCCUAUACACAUUGAUGUAAUAGCCUGUACACAUUGAUGCUCAUUACCAUUUUAAGCCUAAUAGUAUAGAUUUAAUGAGAAAACCAAACUGACCAGAAUAAUGAAAAGGUCAUUGCACUUGCUGGUUGCCAUGCAACUGGCUCAAGUGAGAUACUAGUUAACAUGAAUGCAACUUUUUAAAUCUUAUCUCAGAAAGGAUUUGAAGGAAUUGGUAUAACUUAAAACCAUUCAAAAAGGAAGAACCAAAACCAGGAAAAAUCAAUUUUAUAUCAUUUUGGCAGCUAAUUAAAUGAAGAAAUCAAUUAAUUUGUAGAUUUUUAUACAGGCUUAAUUAUGUAGUCCCAUUCAUACUUAAUUUUUAUAUUUGAUUUUUUUACCAUUGCUUUGUUUGUUAAAGGGAGAUAUUUGUUAGUCAAGAAACAUGCAUUUUUAUUACAGGAAACUGUAUACUGUUAUUGUAAAUUGUUUUAUGUCACAUCAACAAAUUAACUGAUUAACAUCAAUAAAUAUAUGCUUAUGUU